AAUAUAAAAAAAAAUGAAAUUGACAGCUAUCCUUCUCUUGGUUUUAGUAUUAGCAAAUGGAGCAAACAUAAGAAAACAUAAGUAAAAUAAAGGAACUAAGCAUACAGAAGAUUUGGUUCAAAUUGAGUAACAAAUUGUAUAAUUGCAAUAUAGAUCUUAAAAUGUUGGACAGUCAUAUGAUUUGAGUAACAAUGUUGGAAUUAUUUCCUCUUCAGAAGUUGUUGUCAACGCUUUAACUAACUAAGACAGAAUUGAAUAAGCUGGAUUAAAAGAAAGAAAUGCAAUUCAUAAUGCAUUGAAAAAAAAUCAUAAGUCAUUUGCAUAAGUUAGUGAUAAUGAAAAUUAAAUUUACAUUGAAGAAACAUUAGAUUAAACUCCUUAAAAAGAAAUUAAUUUUGCAGAUUUAUUCACAAAUGAUGGUUUAUCACCAGAUAUGGGAAAAUAAGCACUUAUUGAAGAUUCCCCAACAGCUCCUAUGGCUCAUAUUCCAUAAGAUGAUAAUUUAGAUUAUGUCAGAGCAAUUGAUAAAUUGGAUUUGUUAGAUGAAAAUGGUUAACCACUUUAAUUACUUCCAGAAGAAUUAUCACUUUUGGAAAUGUCUCAAUUUGAAAGCAGAUUUUAAUAGACUGAUACUCCAUAAAUGGAAUAAGCACCAAAUUGGGAUUUAGAAGCAGCAUAUGAAAAGACUCCUGGUUAAAGUGAAUUAUCACCAGAAGAAUUACAAAGACAAACUGAUUAAAUGGUUGAUAGUUUAAGAGGAGAACUUGAAAAUGAAGAUAUUUGAAUAAGAAAUAUAAUAAAUAAUAUAUAAUGAAGAAACA